AUGAUGACGGCUCGUCCGUCGGGUCUGGUGCAGGAUGCCCAGACAGGGGACUGUGUCAUUCCCGCGAGCGUACGUGCGGAUGGAUCCAUACGCAAAGAGCGACGGGUGCGCCCGGGCUUUUUGCCCCUAGAAGAUGUGCCGCGCUUUCGAUCGCGGCGUCUCUUGGAGAGGAAGGAGGCCGAGAGGCACGAAGAGCCGACUCGCUUCGAACGAUCCAAGGGCGAGAAGAGCGUACCGCAAGACGCUACGAAGGGCUCUUAUAAACGGCCUACGGAGAAGGCGCCUGCACACACCUCUUCUCAGAGUGCGUUGCCCACGGAGCCCAAGUCCCGGGGCGCCCGUCGUGUGGAUGUGAAGUCCGAGGCGCGUUCCAAGGGCGCACGCAGAGACGCACCCGAGGACGCACCCAGGGACCACCGCAAGGCCGCCCCGAGGAAGACAAAGCACGAUACCCCGUCCCAAGAUGCACCAGAGACCAAGGGAUCGGUCGAGCACACCACCGAUGCUCCACGGACGGCCGAGGCCUCUUCUGUGGACGCACUUGAGGAACGAUUCUCAUCACUAUCUAUGCAGGGUAUAUCUGGUCGUUAG